AUGACGUUGGAACACGAGAUUCUCGACUUGAACACAAACUAUUUCAAAUUUGGCCACUUGCAAAAUGUUCGACAUCGAGUUUAUACAAAUAUCAAAGAUAACGAACAGGCGCUAUUGGAAUUGGAAUUAAAGAUUCGACAUCAAAAUCCAAAAAUUUUACUCACAUACUACAACAAAAGCUUGUUUCACUUUGCAAUCGAUGAUGGGUCUAAUUUUGAAAAUUUUGUCGAGGUCUAUGACAAUUUAAAAAUUCAACAUGAGGCAGUGACUGCAGUUGAAGUGUUUGCAAACGUAGCGAAUAUGGCGAAAGCUGGGAACUCUUCAAGCGAUAAGCACUUGGUGUUGGCAAAUUUGAGUUUCUUAAGAGCUGUCAAGAAACUGGUGUUGUACAAUCUUUGUCUCAAGAGCACUUUUAGGUUGUUUGGAAACCAAUGUGUAUUUUCUUCUGAUGGGAUCAUGUAUACGCCAGUAUGCUUGGAUCCCGUCCUUCUUGAAAAUGGAGAGUUGUUAGUCUCAAUUACUGAACGCAAAUCAUUAAGCCUCUAUAGCUCAAUUAUUCUAUCGCCGGAGGAGUUCAUUCAAGCAGCACAUAAUCUAGUCCUUUACAUACUUCCCAGUGGUAUCAGAUGCCAUUUGUUUGAUCCAACCAAUAUCGAAAACAAUUUUGUUACUUCGCACAACAUCAAGAAUGAUAAUUUGUUAAAGCUACUCGAAUUGAGCAUUCCAGGUACUGAUUUCUCUCAAGAGCGGAAGUGGGUUAAGUUAAUCCCGAACUUGAAACAUCUAAACAAUCAAACUUCGCUCAUCAGCAAAUUCAUACAUUCGGUCGAAAACACGAAAUAUAUCUUGUGGCCAUGGAGUUUGUGUUUUUUACAAUUUGGAUUAAAUGAAGAGACAGAAUUAGCAAGCAAUGCGAUGGAUACUUCAUUCCCUUUAUCAUCAUCAUCACCAUCAUCGAAUUCUCCAGCGCACAACCCUAUUGAUUUCAUCUCUGAUUAUUUAGAUUUUGUUAUUGAUGAAAACGAAAAAGAACAAGCGGUUCUAAAAGCAUCGAUCCAAAUAAAGAAUGAACAAGCGUCGAAAGGAUCCGCAGCAACAGCAACAGGUGCAGCACCAGUUGCAGCAUCAGUUACGGGUGAUUCGUAUGAGAGUAAAGAUGCCACCGCACACACUUUGAAUGAUCCCCACGCUCGACAUUUGGAUUUCAAUUUAACUACUUCGCCUGGAUUUGAAACAUUUGAUCUCCGAGCGGCAGAGACAUUUUUAGCUGAUUCCCAUGUAGUAGGCAACGGGGACGAGAACAAGGACGCCAAUGCCACAGUAAAAAGUGGCUCCGAUGCAGAAAUGGAUGACUUGUUUGGCGAUGAUGAGAGUGAAAAUGCAGAUGACAAGCCUAAGGACAAUACAAUCAAGAUCGAUAAUGUCAAUGAGCACACAUCACAUUCAUCGCCGCUUAACCCUGAACAAAUAGGUAAAUCAAAAUCGAAUGACUUUGAGAAUGAAGAUGUUGAUGAAUUAUUUGGAUCAGAGUUUAAUGAAGAUGAUGAUGCAGAAACUGAAAAAAAAGCUGAAACUAAAGCUGAAGAUGAAGCUGAAGAUGAAGAUGAAGCUGAAUUCAGUGUUAACGAUUCCACAUCUAUGAGACAACAAGCCGUGCAUGAAAAUGAGCUGACUGGCGAAAGCGAUAGCAGAAGACCUGUAAAUAAUAAGAAUAGAUCUAGUCUGUCGCUUCCAUACGCAGAGUUUUUGAAAAACAACAUGACAAUUAAACAGUCGAUUAGCCCCGAGUAUUCAGACCCGGGAGCACCAGCACCCGCACCAACUUAUUUGACUCCGUUUGAACCAGUAUUGAAGAGAAACACACCGCUUGUAAAACUGUUAGAUUCUACUCCUUCUUUUGAAACAAAGAGAUCAUUGCCGCAAGGAGAAGUUCGGCCAAGUCUGGUGAACUCACUGUUUUCACCUCUACCUUUCAAUCCGAUUAUCAAGCAAGACAUUGACCAGAAAUAUGGCAAAGGCGGUAAAUUUUAUAUGGAGGGCAUGGAUGUUGACGAGCCUGUUUCUCCUAAACUUCCUCUGCCGGCUUCCUAUAGACAAAGACAUAGUAUUGCGGCUACCACUGUUUCCGCUAAUUUCAAUGACGGCGUCGGAGGUGCAACAAGUUCUGGUACAGUUGCAGGUCAUGUUACUGGCUCGGGAGUUGGCCCCCGUAGCUGGGAAAAGGACCCGAAUGACUAUUCUGACGCAGAAAGCAGCAGCGAAGAAAGUGACGAAGAUAGCACUUCCAAUUACCAAAUUACACCCCCAGGAUUUAAGUUGGAAUCUUCCCAAGGUCAUGAUUCGAGCAAUAUGCAUCUCCAGAGCGAGAUUUAUUCUCAAAACUUGCAAAUUCCUCAGAGCGUGAAUUCAACGGCGCAACAACUAUACUCCGGUAAUGGACAAGGUGCCUCUCCAUUAGGUACAGUUGCACUUCGCCAAAACUCAAGGUUUGACUCCCCAUUUCUUCCUACAUCAACAUUGGAAAUGACACCUUUUCUUCAAGAAUCUUUUCCAGGUCAAGCAUUGCUGAUGACCUCACCACCAUCGGGAAAUGCUAUUAAUGCGCACCACAAUGACAACGACAACGACGACGAUGACCAUUUCCACGACCACCAUCACCAAAACAACAACAACAGCAACAACAACAGUAACAAUAACAGCAACAGCAACAUCAAUGGCAAUGGCAAUAAUAAUAAUACUGCUAACACAAGACGGAAUUUUAGUGAGACAUCAAAUUAUGCACCUUUGAUAUUACGAAGCAUAAACAUCUUUUCAUUACCAGAUCGAUAUUUGUUAAAUAAUAUUCAUAAGUUUCAAAACACAGCUUUGCCCCUCUCGAUGAAUGAUGAUAAUCAAAAUGAUUUGGAGACGAGAGUUUCUUUAUCGGAAUUAGUUGUCCAACACAAGCAUCUUUCAGUGCUUUUACAGAUUUUAGCAGAUAACGUUGUCUUUGACAUGGGUGAAUUAAACAACUACCAGCUUAAUUUGUGCAUGCUGAAAAAAUUUAAAAACGUCGACACUGAGAAAAUAUCACAAUCACAACAACAACAAAAACAACAACAACAACAAAAACAAAAACAAAGAAAAGUACAAUCUUUGGAAAUUGCAAAACCCGAAGACGCCGUGUUAAGUGUAUUCUCAAACUGUUACUUACUUAAAGUUCAAGAUAUCUUGGCUGAACAAAUUAAGCAAACGGAAAAGAGCGAACUGUUUAUUGAUAAUAAUGAUUUCAUUUUCUCAGACUUUGGAACCGAGUCAGAAUCAGAUGAAAAAGUCAGCACAUGGAAUUUCUUAAGUGGGGAUCCAGUAGGAGGAGAACAUGGACAGAAACAGAGUGAAACUGGGCACCAACAUUUGCAGAGGUCCCUGGUUUCCAAUUUUGACGAAGAAAACUUUUUCAUCACCCCCGCUGUAAAAGUUAUAGUUGGAAAGAACGAAGAGACUGUUAAUUCCAAUAUUUUGGUUACGAAGUUUUGGAAGCACAUGAGCUUUACACCAGCAAAUGAUUUGAGAAAAAAUUUUCAACUAUUGUUUUUAGGACCAGAGGAUGGACGUAGUAGAAUUAGCAACAACAGUAACAAGAAAAACCUUAAAGAUAACACUUAUGCUCGAUUAUUGGUGGAUAAACUUGUGGCAAACUAUCAAGAGUGCAACUUUGGUAAAAUUACAAAGCUUUCCUUAACAACUGUUGACACGCGGCCCGAUUUAGAGCCCGUUGAAGAAGGUGUUAGCCUUUUUGAAUUUGAAAAUGAUGCUGGCGCAAAUCGAAACUCUAUGGAUUACUAUUCUCAGUUGAACUCCAAAUUAAUGCACUUGGUAGAGCUUAUCAAGUUGGACAUGAUCAACAAGACAGAUAACUUUAACUUUAAUCAACCUUUAUUAUUGUUUGUCAUCAAUUUUGAUGAAAACUAUAAUUCCACGCUACAAUUGGCAAAAGUCUUGAGAAAUUUCCAAGUCGCAUUGACGACUCAUCAGAUGCCCUUGGUUCAAAUUUUUACAAAGAUUGUCCCUUCAAGAUUUCUCGUAAAAAGAGUAGGAUCAGAUGUCAGACUCAGGAUUCUCAACACUCAAGCACUUUCGCGGAUUUCAAUGAAUAUGUACAAUGAAUGUCCAUCUAUCCAACAAAGUGUCAAUCAGAAUUAUUCUUUGGCGUUUUCCAGAUCGAUAUUCGCACCCUUAACAGGGGACCCACCCCAAAGCUUACAGUUCAAGUAUCUAAAUUCAGCUUAUAAGAGUAGUGGCAGCGGAAACGAAGAUUCCUUUGUCCAUUUGGCAUACGAAAGAUCACUCGAUAAAGCUUGGGUUGCAGCCGCAUGGUCAGACCCAUUGGGUCUUGUUAGACAUGUUAAAGCGUGGCACAUUCCUGAGCAAAGUACCGCAUCUAGAGGAAACUCGUUCUUCCAAAAAAGGGAUUUUGAAGGUGAAAUAACACCCACAGAUUUAGCAACAGUAACUGAUGAGAUGUGGAGCAUAUCGGCUGAAUUAUUUAAGCAAUUGAACAGUUUGAGUAGAAAGUCAUCAUCAUUGAGCUCUAGAAAGUUCUUAGUGUUAACAAGAAUUAAUGGGUCAAUACCCGAUGACGAGUUGGUGCAUUGGAAAAGGUUGAGCACUAAGUUUAAAGACAUAUCUUUAAUUGUUCUUUCCACUGGGCUGCAUUCGAGAAUUUUAGUCGAAGAAAGCAAACACGACAAGAUGAAAGAGAAAGAUAAAGAGUUGGAAAAAGGAAAAGCAGAGACAGAGGUGGAAGAGGACGGACAGAAGAAAAGGAUAAAAAAUAACCAGGACGAGGAAGAGGAAGAGGAGAAGGAAAAGGAAAAGGAAAAGGAGAAGGACGAAAACGAAAAGGGUGUUGGUGAUAAGGAAACGGAUGGACAGCACCCGCCUUUUAAUCAAAGUCCCCAAACUGCCCUGGAUAGAGUAGAUAUGAUAAACUUCAACAACUUUACGGCGGAUAUUGCUGAUCCAUCUGGUAUGGCAGCGAAUUCGGCUACUGGCGCAUUAGUGACAUCACCAAAUGCAUUGAUGUAUCAUUCACCUCAACAAUUUCUCAAUGCACCCUCCAAUUUUCUUUCACCGCAAGAGUUCAAUACUCCAAAUUCUGGAUUAUUGUCACAGGGAAAUUCUUUAACCAUCGAUGCCAAUCUGCGAUUGAAGGAAACAGAUGAAGAAAUCCACGGAGUUAUACCACGCUUGAAAUUGCCACCCAGUGGGUCUUCAACUAGAGGUGGCAUGAAGACCGGGUAUUUGAUUAAAAGGAGGAAGGUAACGAAAGAUGACGGAGCCAGUAAAAAAGCCGAGUUUCUCAUUUUUGAGGUUAACCUUUUAAGCUGCUCGAAUUAUUGGGACUUGAAUGUUUUGAUGAAGCAACUUCUUAUACAGUACAGGAAAUUACUGAGUCUAAAUCAGAUUCUUGGAACUGUUAAUACAGAAAAAGUUAAAUGUGAAGAAUAUUGUCCAAUACUUCUGGAUGAUUUAGUGCCAUGGCACGUAGUAGCCGUCACCAAGCUUUUGGGCUAUCUUGUUCACAUUUAUGUAGAGGAAUAG